AUUAAUGAAAGAUGUCUAGACAUGCAGAAAUCCAAAACAAAAUCAACAUCAGUGGGCGAGGAGGGUAAAGUUCUUAAAAAAACUAAAACAAAGUCAUGUGCAGCUUGUCCAUACUAUAAUCAGGCAAAUAUUACUAAAUUGAAGGAAAGGAUGUUGGUAGAUAUUCUAGACAUGGAAGACUUGGUAAAAUGCGGUAAAGAGCUAAAGGCCUGUCCAUAUUAUUCAUCAAGAAUGGCUUUGGAUGAGGCUGAGGUGGUUCUAAUAAGCCAUGCAGGUAUUGUCAGUUCCGGAGCAAGAUCAGGCAUAUCUCUCAAAUUAAAAGAAAAUGUCCUAAUACUAGAUGAAGCUCACGGCCUUACAGCGGCUUUAGAAAAUGCACACUCAGCACCAGUGAGUGCCAAACAAUUAUCUUCAGUGAAAACAUUCCUACAGUUUUACAUAAAUAAAUAUAGAGCGAGAUUGAGCUCUAAGAAUCUGUUGUCUUUGAACCAGAUGAGUUUUGUCAUUACCAAGUUAUUAGGAAUAAUAAAGCCAACUCCCCAAGAAAAGAAAGAAGAGACAAAGAUAUACACUCUUGAAGAUUUUGUAAUAAAAGCAGAGAUAGACCACAUGAACUUAAGGCCUUUGGUAGAAUUCUGUAGAAAUACUAGACUUGCUCCAAAAUUACACGGAUUUUCUAUGAGGUAUAGCCAGCAAACUCUUGAAGAUGAAAUGAAGAAAACUGUUGUUAACAAAAAGAGCUCAUUUCAAUCAUUUCUAAGCAACAUUUCUAAGAAAAAAGAUGAAGCACCACCUCCUGAAAUUGUCCCAGACGUAAAACCAGCAUUACAGGUUCCAACAGAGACAUCAGCGGGCAGUGGUCUGUAUGCAGUAUUGGAUUUUUUGGAGAUGCUAUGUGAUCGUAGUGAAAAUGGUCGAGUGUUAGCACAAAUUGGCGAUGACCAAAAGGGACAGCUAAAAUAUUUAUUGUUGAAUCCCGCUGAACACUUUGCUGAAGUUGUAAAGCAGUGUAGAUCUGUAAUUGUAGCAGGAGGUACAAUGGAACCUAUAAGCGAGUUCAAGUCAUUGCUUACUAGUAACAGUGAUAAAAAUGAUACAGUAAAUGUUGUGAGGUGUGAGCAUGUGGUGUCUGCGGAUAAUGUUUUAGGCAUUUGCCUCUCAAGAGGGCCCUCAAGCGUGGCACUUAAUUUCUCGUAUGAGAAUCGUAUGUCGAAUGAAUUGGUAGAUGAGAUUGGUCGCAUACUUAGGAAUUUAUGUGGUAUAAUUCCUGGGGGAAUUGUAUGCUUUUUGCCCUCAUACAGCUACGAACAACGUGUUUAUGAACAUUUGAAAAGUAAUAACGUAAUAGAAAUUAUUAGUAAAAAGAAAUGCGUGUUUCGAGAGCCUAAAUCAGCUUCUGAAGUAGAUCAGGUUUUAAAUAAAUUUGCAUCGGCUGUAAGGAAUAAAGACGGCGCACGCAAUGGCGCGUUGUUAUUUAGUGUUGUUGGAGGGAAACUUAGUGAAGGGCUAAACUUCAGUGACGACCUUGGCCGUUGCGUCAUCGUAAUAGGGAUGCCGUACCCAAACAUAAAAUCCCCAGAAUUACAAGAAAAAAUGUCUUACUUGAAUAGAACUGAGGGAAGUGGGGCGGGUAAUACCUAUUAUGAGAACUUGUGUAUGAAAGCUGUUAACCAAUGUAUUGGCAGAGCAGUUCGGCAUGCUAACGAUUAUGCUUGUGUUUUGUUAGUUGAUGAGAGAUACUCAAGGCAGCAAACAGUUUCUUCCUUACCCUCAUUUAUUCAGAAAUCACUUGUAACAAAUUGCGGUUUCGGACAGACAAUUGGGAGUAUAGCAAAAUUUUUUGGAAGACACAAAGAGAAGAAGUGAUAAUAAUUUUAUUUGUGGCUAUACAUAUUAACAAAGCAUCAACAAUUCUUACACAACUAUGUACAAACAAUAACUGAAUAAAUAUUAUUUAUUUACAUAUA